AUGUCGAGCCGCCCAGAGCCUGAGGUACCGCCCGCGGACUCGACGAACGCCCUGCGAGCCCAAUUGCGCCUCUUCAAUCGACGCCUCGACGAAGUACAGCAGGAGGUUCGCAGGUCAAAGGAGGAGCUCGGGGCAGACGGAUACCAAGGAUCAUCGUUCCCACCCGAAAUACAGGAUCAAGUGAUUCCACCACACUUCCGGCUCCCAUCGCUCGACGCCUAUGACAGCGCCGCUGACCCCGCGGAUCACGUGGUCGCGUUUCGCGCUCAAAUGGCGCUGUACGGGACCUCUGACACCUUGAUGUGCAGGGCGUUCCCAACGACCCUAAGGGGACCAGCCCGCACAUGGUACAGUGGCCUGAAGACAAGAACCAUCUCUUCCUUCGACCAGCUCGCCAGAGACUUCGAGCUCAACUUCUUGGCCUACGCCCGUCCGAAGCCGUCCGUGGCGUUGCUCCUCGGGCUCCACCAAAGGGAGGACGAGCCCCUCUCCUACUUCGUAAACCGUUUUACGACGCAGAUCCGAGGACUCUCAGACGCUCACCCUUCCCUAUUGAUGAAGACGUUUAUGAUAAGCUUGCGGCCCUCCAGGUUCUUCUGGUCUCUGGUGGAGCGGCCCCCCACGACGGUGCCCGAGAUGCUCCAGGGGGCGAGCCAGUUCGUUGCCGCGGAGACAUGGAUGGCCGGGAAGCACGAAGAGCACAAGAGGGUCAAGGCAGAGCCGCCCCGGCAGCAGCAACCCGCUGCGUCUCGGCACAGGUUGGACAGAUCCAACCCGCCAACAUCGAGGCCCCCUCUCCCGGCCUUGAACUCGUUCCGAACGGAAAUAUUCCUCCACAUAAGGGAAAAGGGACUGCUCAAAGAGCCUUACCCGAUGAGGAAUCCGCGGGCGCUGGCGGACCAGUCAAAGUACUGCCGCUUCCACAGGCAACAUGGGCACGACACCGAACAGUGUCGGGAGCUAAAGAGGCAGAUCGAGGAGCUCAUUCGUAGGGGACACCUCGGUCAGUACCUCCGACCGGACAAAGAACUUUCACCGCGCCCGGAGGGUCCCAUCGAACGACACAUCGACGUAAUAACGGGCGGUCCCGCAUCUGGCUGGGAUUCCAUGACCGGAAGAAAGGCGUACGUCAGAGCCGCUCCGGCCGAAGCUCCCGGGCAUGGGCCUGAACCCAACGACACCUUCCCGGCCGAGGUGCCCCAACAAGCCGAGCACGACGACGCGCUCAUGAUAUCAGCCAGAAUAGCCAAUGCGCAAGUAAGGAGGAUCAUGGUCGAUACCGGGAGCUCGACCGACAUACUCUACUUCGACGCCUUCCAAAAGCUCGGCUUGCCUAGAGAUAGCAUGAAGCCACUCCUCUCGGCACUCACCGGAUUCACCGGUGAUUCAAUCUCACCACUGGGGGCGAUCACUUUACCAUUGACCCUGGGAGCACCGUCGAAGUCAAAGACGGUGAUGACCACCUUCCUAGUGAUCUACCUCCCCGCUGCAUAUAACGCCAUCCUCGGCCGACCGACCCUCAACAAAAUCAGAGCUGUCGUCUCGGCCUACUACCAAACCGUGAAGUUCCCGACCCACGCCGGAACAGGAGAGGUCGUAGGAAGUCCCGGAGAAUCCAGGCGCUGCUACUUGACCGUCGUCUCGCUACACAAGAGGGCCAGGGUCGAACCACCGUUGGCAGACCCCCGAGAGGCGAAGAAGCCAACCUCCCAUCCCGAGCCGAGGGGGUCCACUAUGGACAUGCCGCUGCAAGAAGGUCGGCCGGAGCAGACGGUCAUGAUCGGGUCGGAGCUACCCGAGCAAAAACGAAGACAGCUCGUUGGCCUCCUACAGAAGAAUGCCGACGUCUUCGCUUGGUCACUUCUGAAAUGA